UAUUCGAUCAGUUGAAUUGAUACAGUAGACUCGUACAGUGACAAAAUGUUAAGCCAAGUUCUUGCCAUAUCUUGUCUGGUUGUUGUAAGCCACCUUCUCGUUGCAGUUGCUCGUGAUGUACCCGUGUCGGAAGAUAUUUUCAAAUCCGGUGGAUGUACCGUUCCAUUCGCCUCACUGCCAUAUCCAGAGCAACCUUUGAUACUGAUUCCAGGAUCGGAGAAAUACUGGUAUCCUCAGGAUGAAACAAGACAGAUUCUCUUCCCAAUGAGCGCUCCCGUAGAGUUGGUGUGUCAGCAGGGCUUUCGACUGUUCCCCGAGAAGCGUUCCAUCACUGUUGAGUGUGUUUCAAACGACACGUUUAGCUACGAUGGACAAACGUAUCCGAUGCAGGUACUUGCCUGUACGUCGUACUGGUUGAGUUCGGCCCGGAACACAGAGGAGCGUUGCUUCAACGGGUCAGUGAUUGUGAACGUUGGCUUUGAGCUGUCCGCAAACCGUUGGGUGAAUGUGUUUGAUGUGUGUUACGAUGAGAUGCUGUACCACACGCACUUUGUGCGUCAUCGUAUGAACCGUGCCAAUGGAGGCUAUCAGUCGGGUAAUCCACGACCCUCCUGGUACCAGGGUGUAUACUAUGAGGGAGUCAACAUCAACACCUUGUACACGGUUAACAAACAGCGUGAAACGAUCGCUGUGAUACUAAACUCACAGUCCCGGGCUGAUGAGCUGGUCCAAAAUACCAAUAAUGGGAUCUAUAUGGCCCGAGGUCACAUAGCUGCCCGGGCAGACUUUGUGUACGGUACGGAACAGAACGCUACCUUCUGGUUCCUGAACGCUGCACCCCAGUGGCAAAACUUUAACGGCGUCAACUGGGAGCGAGUUGAGUCUUCGAUUCGUGAUUUCGUCGGCGAGCGUGAUAUGGAACUGACCGUGUACAGUGGAACGUACGGUGUACAGAAGCUGGCGGACGGCAAUGGAGAUUACCAGGAGAUCUGGUUAGACUUUGAUCCGACCGAGGGUCGACGACGGGCACCGGCACCGAUGCUGUACUACAAGAUCCUGCACGACGAGCGUAAUAAUGCGGGCAUCGCGAUCGUCGGUGUGAACAACGUGCACGUACCGAUCGAACUGAUCCUGCGCGAGUACGUACCGUGCAAGGAUAUUGGUGAUCAGGUCGAGUGGAUCGAUUGGCAGCGCACGAACGUUACGAUCGGGUACUGUUACGCGUGCGAGGUUAACGCAUUCAACGCCGCUAUCGGCAAACCGCUUCCACAGCUGAACGUCGCCAAGCUGCUCACGAGCGGUGCUGCGAAGCGGUUCGUACACUCGCUCUGGGCCACGUUCGCUGGCCUCGGGCUGCAUGGUGUUUUAUUUUUCGUCCGAUCCGCCCUUCGUGUUUCUGCGUGAGCCAUUGGGCAUGGGGACACCUAUUCACUUCCGAUUGACGUCACCGGCUCUGCAUCUGCAGCACAGUGGGCGCUAGUAUUCCGUGCUCUCGUCUAAAAGUGAUCUUUCGGGUGCUUGAUAUAAUUGUAACGUUAUUAAAUGAGGGAUGGUUCAUCAGUGAUGUAAUAAAUUUUGUUUUUACCCAUGUA